CAGUGGGGCGCCCGGGAGAGAACCCAGCUUGCUUGGGGUUUGGGGGAGGCGGUGGUGGCUCUGUAGAAGGAAGAAGAGUGGGGCGGGAGGAGGCAGCGGUGGCGAUCCGGCCAGGGGGAUGGUGCAGGUGCUAAGGGCCGGCGCGGAGCUGCCGCGCUGAGGGGCGACGAGUCCGGAGUCCGCAGCGCCGCCGCGUCGCUCCCGAGGACGGGCGAGCGGGCGGGAAGAUGCUGAGCAGGUUGAUGAGCGGCAGCAGCAGGAGUCUGGAGCGCGAGUACAGCUGCACCGUGCGGCUGCUGGACGACAGCGAGUACACCUGCACCAUCCAGAGAGAUGCCAAAGGCCAGUACCUGUUUGACCUCCUUUGCCACCACCUGAACCUACUUGAGAAAGACUACUUUGGGAUUCGUUUUGUGGACCCAGAUAAGCAGCGGCAUUGGUUGGAGUUCACAAAGUCAGUGGUGAAGCAGCUAAGAUCCCAGCCUCCAUUCACCAUGUGCUUCCGAGUGAAGUUUUACCCUGCCGACCCUGCUGCCCUGAAAGAGGAGAUAACCAGGUACUUAGUCUUCCUGCAGAUCAAAAGGGAUCUCUACCACGGCCGACUUCUCUGUAAAACAUCGGAUGCUGCCUUGUUAGCGGCCUAUAUCCUUCAAGCGGAGAUUGGGGAUUACGACCCAGGAAAGCACCCUGAAGGCUACAGCUCCAAGUUCCAAUUUUUCCCGAAACAUUCAGAGAAACUGGAAAAGAAAAUUGCCGAGAUUCACAAAACCGAACUCAGUGGUCAAACACCAGCAACAUCUGAGCUGAAUUUCUUAAGAAAGGCACAGACGUUAGAGACCUACGGAGUGGACCCUCACCCAUGUAAGGAUGUGUCAGGAAAUGCUGCGUUUCUGGCCUUCACGCCUUUUGGGUUUGUUGUUCUUCAAGGAAACAAGAGGGUCCACUUCAUUAAAUGCCAUUCACUGGGCUGGUGGCUUCAAGGAUUUUUCUACAAUAACCCCUAAGCCCCUUGCCCGGAAUGAGGUGACCAAGCUGAAAUUUGAAGGAAAAACUUUCUAUUUAUAUGUAAGUCAGAAAGAGGAAAAAAAGAUUAUUCUCACAUAUUUUGCUCCAACUCCAGAAGCCUGCAAGCACCUCUGGAAAUGUGGCAUUGAGAACCAAGCCUUCUACAAGCUGGAGAAGUCAAGCCAAGUCCGCACAGUGUCCAGCAGCAACUUAUUCUUUAAAGGGAGCCGGUUCCGAUACAGUGGCCGGGUUGCAAAGGAAGUAAUGGAGUCAAGUGCCAAGAUCAAACGGGAGCCGCCAGAAAUACACAGAGCAGGGAUGGUCCCUAGCCGAAGCUGUCCUUCCAUAACCCAUGGCCCACGGCUGAGCAGCGUCCCCAGGACACGAAGAAGAGCUGUGCACAUCUCUAUCAUGGAAGGCCUUGAGUCCCUACGAGACAGUGCCCAUUCCACACCAGUGCGGUCCUCUUCCCAUGGGGACACCUUCUUGCCACACGUGCGAAACAGCCGGGCAGACAGCAAUGAACGUGUAGCUGUGAUAGCAGAUGAGGCCUACAGCCCUGCAGACAGUGUGCUGCCCACCCCUGUAGCCGAGCACAGCCUGGAGCUGAUGUUGCUCUCCCGGCAGAUCAACGGAGCCACGUGUAGCAUUGAGGAGGAGAAGGAGUCGGAGGCCAGCACCCCGACUGCGACAGAGGCGGAGGCCCUGGGAGGAGAGCUGAGGGCCCUAUGUCAGGGGCACGGCGGGUCAGAGCAAGAACAGGUGAAUAAGUUUGUUUUAAGUGUUCUCCGUUUGCUCCUUGUGACCAUGGGACUCCUCUUUGUUUUGCUCCUCCUCCUGAUCAUCCUUACUGAGUCUGACCUUGACGUUGCUUUUUUCCGAGAUAUCCGCCAGACCCCUGAGUUUGAACAAUUCCACUAUCAAUACUUUUGUCCCCUCAGGCGAUGGUUUGCCUGCAAAAUCCGCUCAGUGGUGAGCCUGCUCAUUGACACCUGAGAAGGCAUGACUCCUCCCAAUAACUAGCCAGGUGGACCAAGGAACCCGGCUACCCAUUCCCAGCAAUGGGACCCAUCGCGGAACCAUCGGCACACACACCAAGUCCUCUCAUGACUCAAAGUCCACUGCAGCCUAGGAAGGUUGUUUCCCAGAAGAGAGGGAUAUAGGCUAAUGCUCUGUAAACCGGGAAAAUCUAAUUUCUUCAGAGGCUCUUCCAAGAAAGGCUCAGCAACUCAAUAUUUCUCAUCCUUCAAUAUGCAGGAUAAUUUGGGGGGUUGAACUUUAAUUUUUCAUAGAUGUGUAUUAUUUUGAAAGUAUCCAAAUAAAAGUCAUUUAUUUUACUAUACUGAUGAUUGCAGUAGUGUCACCCAGUAGAUGGGACACUAGCUGAAGACUCAAGACUGUUGUCCUCUGUACCCUGCAAUUUUCUCACGGGUGCCAAUGGGUUCCGGAAAACCCAGCAGGGCAGGCCAGGAUUGUGGGCAGGCAGGAAUGGCUUCCAUGCCAGACAGAAAGGUUUAACAAAGUAAACUGUGUAGAAUGAUUAAAUAGAAAGUUGCUUCUUACGAUAGUCUGAGUUGGAUUUUCUUUUCCUUUUGUUUUUUCAAAUCUGAGCAGAGUGGGCAUCUGAAGGGAGCGCAGCUACAGCAGCAGCAGCGGAAGGGGUGGGGUAAGUCUGUCCCCUUAGACUAGAGCCUAGUGACUUCUAGUGUUUCUGGGGUGUUACCGUGGUGCCAGGGUGUGCUGUCAGAAAUGUCCGACAGCACAGCUACCAGAGACCUGUGCUGAGUCGCUCGAGAGCCUGCGGAUCUGCAGGGAGCAGUGCUUGUCUUGUACAGUGUGCCCCCUCCAAAAAAAACCAAAAAAACCACAACAACAACAAAAAAAAAACGAUUUCAAGCUCUAUUUUAACAGCAAAACGUUAUUUUCCUAUCUAUUCAUAUUUUGGUUUUACUUUAUGAAUUAAAAGAUGCAAGAGAGAAACCGGUCUGAGGAAGGCAUUGGGAAGGCGCCUCGGAGGGAGCAGGAAGACACUGAGCAGAAUCUCUGAGCAAUGCCUACAGGGGAUAGAGUUUGACCCGUGGCAGAGACCAGCACUUACUGUAGGAAUGCCACCCGUAGGGUCAACCUCUGCUCCUGGAAACAAGGUCAAGGAGCACCUAGCGUCGUCACUCACAGCAGCACAGGUGUACACACACGCACGCGCGCACACACACAGACACACACACGUGCACACACACAUAGACACACACACAUACACGCACACACACACACACGCGUGCACACACACAUAGACACACACACAUACACGCACACACACAUACACGUGUGCUCACACACACACACACACACAUUAAGAUGAGCAGUAGUCCCCACACCUCUACACUUCUUACCACCAAUAAAACACAAGAGCUUGUUUUCAUCUCAGGGAGAUUGCGAAGUCAUCCGAGGCCUGAGGACACACGUAAAGGACAGUCAAGGGGCACACUCCUGGGACAACAGAAAACAGUGAAGCAGAACAGCCCCAAAUGCAGAACAGAGUGGGCUGUCGUAUAUUUGAGCUCCUCUUGUUUUGUUGCCUGGGGUAGAACCCAGUCCACAUUCAGAAUAUGGCAGCCAUUAAAAGCAACAACAAAAACACACAAACAAAAAACCAAAUGGGGUUUUGAAGAUGAUGGGAGGGCAUUUACUUAAUUUUAAAUAAAGUUGACAUCCUUAUCUAGACCAGAGGUCAACAAACUUUUUAAUAAAAUUGUGAUUUUUUUGUGGACCAUGAUCUUCCACCCUAGCCCGCCUCUGAUAAUGCACGCAUAAAAGAACAUGGCGUGCUCCAAGAAAACUUUAUAAAAGCAUAGGGCUGAGGAUGUGUAGCUGAGAGGGUUAAGUAUUUUUCUAGCAUGUAUAAAUCCCUGGACUUGACUGCUAACAAUACACAAAACCAGGAGUGGUAGCAUAUACCAGUGGUCCUAGCAUUCAGCAGGGAGGCAGGAAGAUCAAAAGUUUAAUGUAAUCCUCAGUCACAGAGUAAGUUGAGGCCAGCCUGGUAUACAUGAGAUAGACUACCGGCUUCCCACUUCCAAAAAAAAAAAAACCCUAAAACUGCAAUAUGCCGAGAGACUGGUCCUCAGCUGUAAGAUGCAAACCCUGGCCUAUACAGGGCCAGCUUCGAUUGCUGCUUCCCAAUGUGGGCUUUGCGGGGUGCUCCAACAACCAACCAGCAGUGACGUGGCAUCUGAUACCAAGAUCAAGUACUGCCACUGUGAACAACAGUGACUCUAAGAAUGGGUCCAGGCCUAUCCGAUCAUUUCCAUACCAGCAACAAUUUGUGUGAGAAUCUAAAACAUUUACCACAUAACAAGACAAACUGAGGGGAUCCUACCUAGUAAGGACCACAGAUCACUUAAAAGCAAUGAGCCACUGCCACUUGUCAACUGCAUAGCCAAAGGUUUGCUUAGCACAGGACUGAUGGCAAAGGCUAUUGGGAAACAGCUGGUGUGAACCGAGAUUUCUAUUCUUAUGCAACAUAGCAGAUGGCCUUCUAGUGUGGUGCUCCUACCUCAGUUUGUAGAACACAGCAUCUAUGCAGUGAGUGGUAGCCUUGCCUCUGACCUUAGCCUAGAGAGAGAGGCAGCCUGCCUUUGCCGGGUGUGUUUCUUGUGUCUAGAGUCCUAACAGUGCUGCGGUCAGUGCCAUUUCCAACAUCUGACCUGGAACCUUCAGGUUGUUUUUCCCCUCAAGGCUUAGCCCAGAAAAUAAGGACAGAAAAGGCUCCCUUCGAUUUGGUUUCCAAAUAGUUUUCAAUAGUUCAGUAAUAAACUCCCUUGACUGGUGACUAGUGUUUUUCAGUAUUUUUUCAUCAUUACAAAAGUUUCAGUUUUCAGUCUGGUUUUGCUGUGUUCUAUGUCUCUCCUUUCCUCUCAGAAUUAGUUGAUCUCACUGUAGGAAAGCAGAUCUGCAUAGCAUCACUGAUCAGAGGAAAUACCUACUGAACAGUGGACUGCACCUUUAAUCAGUAGAGGAUAAACUGCCUACAAAUGUGAAUUUCUUAGUUUCAGUUAGAAGUAUACAGCUGUUAACCUUUCGUGUGCCAAAUCUCGUACGUUACGUUUUCCUUCAAAGCAAUGUACUUUUUUCUACAUAUGUAGUGUGUAGUUAGCAUAAAAUCAUUGGUGCCAUGGAGAUUAUUUUUAAACUCAAUAAAUAUUUAAAUACCGUAA